UUCAGCGUCGUUUCGCUAGGUCUUAAACCUGGCUAACAGCUAACAUAACUGUCGACAGGUAGAGGUUACUGUAUACAUAUACAGUCGUCAUUUUUCCCCUGAGCGGUGUGUGGGACCUACCGGCAACCGGUUGAUUUACCGAGGUGGACGUGACGCCAAAUUUAAAGUAACAGGCAGCCGGAGGAGGGGAGGAGGGUGUCCACAGUGGAGCGUUAAGCUAACAGGCUAACACACGCGGCCAGGGAAAGAUUUGUGAAUCUGGUCCUUCAACCUUCAUCUGACAACAAAAACCCGUUAAAUCGAACUCUCCGUGGGUCGGUGCAGAAGCUGCUCCCCGUCAAUUGUCCUCGACGUGAAUGGGAAAUAGUUAGCCGGUGGAGCCGAGGAGGUAACCAGCCAGUAGUCCUGUUAAACAUGGAGGAUGAGGAGGUUGCAGAGAGCUGGGAAGAGGCAGCGGACAGCGGGGAAAUAGAGAGAAGGCUUGAAGCUAAACUGAAAAUAAAUCAGGAGGCAAAGAAGUCCAGCUUGGGAUCAGGUGGUUCACCUGUGCAAACUGCUAUAGUAAUCCAGGAUGACUCUCUGCCUGCAGCACCCCCACCACAAAUUCGAAUUUUAAAGCGUCCUUCAAAUAACGGUACCACAGGAAACCCUGCAUCCUCGUCUCGUCCCUCUCAGCAGAUGAAGUCUUUGGCCCAGAGGGAAGCGGAGUAUGCAGAAGCCAGGAGAAGGAUUUUGGGUAGUGCUUCUUCAGAUGAAACUCCUCAGGACAAUCCAUGCCAGGACAGGCCAACUCGUCUGAGUGCGCAGCAACCACCAGAACCAGUUCGUCCAAACAAUCAUGUGAUCCGCCAGCCCACCGGCCCAGAUGGCACCUCAGGCUUUCGACUGUGCAGAUAAACUGGAGCUGCCUGCUGCAAGGAAACAGCUGUCUCCCUGAGAGGCCAUGAAGGGUGGCAGUUAAAGGGGUUGUCUGUGAUAUGAAGAGCAGAGUGGUGGGAUGACAUAAAAUUUGACAGACAU